AUGCAGGAAAGAGGAAAGGUCGUCAGGCGGUUGGCGGAUUUUCUGGCUGUAACAGGCCUAUGGCGACCAGAGGAGGCCGGCGGGAGCCGGGAAGGAGCGGAGCUGGCGCAGCAGAGGUUCGCCAUGGGACGUCGGUUAGGGACCCUGCGCCAGCAUCUGCGUAAUGCAGAGAAAAUAUCCAGAUUCUGCAUCGCCUCCUACGGCCGUCGGUGGAUGAAGGAGCCGAGGGACUUCUACGACCUCGUGGCCUCUCGGCUGUCGGAGCCGUGCGGUCGGCAUGUACCGCGAGCGCUGCUGACGACGAUCGGCUUCGUUGAGCAGGCUGCCGAGGUGGGUGAAGGAGCACGGCUCUCUCGAAAUCCAGGUGUGCGGAACUUUCUCCGGGAGGUGGAGAGCUCCACCGGAUGGAAGACGGGGAGGAUCACGAAGAAAGCCUCCCCAUAUCCGUUGAUGGUCGUGUUGGCCCUGGAGGACCAAGUCAUGCGCAAAGAGGAGAAGAGCUACGCCAGAUGGUUCGCGUGGCUGAAGCUAGUGAAGCUUUGGGCAGCCCUGCGCUGGGACGAUGUGCAGGGAGUUCCGAAUCCGGCGCUGAUCAUGAGGACCGACGGCACCAUGGUUGGCAAGAUCACGAGGUCGAAGACGACCGGAAUUGGAAAGAAGGUGGAGGUGAUGAAUUUCUACAUCUCCGGGCAGGCGUAUUUUCUCCAGUCGGAGUGGCUUCUGACCGGAUGGACUCUGAAUGGAUGGAUGUCCGCUCAGAGCGGUAUGGCGGAGAGGGAUUAUCUGGCCCCCCUGGCCGAUCCGCAGCUGUCCGGGUUCCGAAGGGCCAUGACAAAAUACUCCGAUGCAACAGCCAUGACCAGGGCUCUUCUGUGUCGGCUCCGAGUGGAUGUGAGAGCCACGGAGAGGGACACGGACCUGGCGGGUAUCGACCCUACUCUGGUGUUCCCUGAGACCCUUGGGUUCUGGUCGGAGCAUUCGGAGCGGGGUACAAUGAACACAUGGAUGCAGAUGGCGGGGGUCCCGCCGGAGGUCCGCCGGAUGGUCGGACGGUGGUCCGUCAGCCAGGAGGAGGAGUACCUCCGGAACUUGGAAGCCGGCGUGACGGGGGCCCAACAGAAAGUGGCACGGAUGGUUCAGGAAGGGCCGGACAGCAGUUCGGAAUUUGGUGCUUUCGAGCGCCAAAUCGCCGGAGAAAUGAAGAGGUACCUGGAGCUGAGAGGUGUGGCGGAGGAAACGAUCCUGAAGCAGUUGGAGGCGAUUGCGCUGCCACCCUCUCAGCCGGUUCCUCCCAGUGUGGGUGUUUUGAGUAGCGAGGCGUGGAGCCUCGAGGAGGCGGCUUCAUUCGGCUUCGGGGAUAGCACUGUCAAGUCGGAAGGCGGCCCUGGGCCGGCGGGCAGUGUCAGGCCAUCCCCGACAUCACCGGCGGCUUCACCCACACAGGAAGGGGAAGAGGCGGAAGGUGAAGGCACACCUGUUGGCGUUGGUCAGGGUGAAGUGCCCGGAACCUUCGUCUUUUCCGUUCUGGGGAGCUGCAACAGGAGGGUCUUGUCGGUCCCCGAAGGGGAUAAGUCGGAGGCCGAGAUGUCCAGCUCCUCCAGCAGUGAGGACGGUCCGGAAGCAGCCCAGGCUCUCGAAUCCCUUGACGGGGAUCUCAGAGGAUUAUUGGAUGGUAAGAAGGUGCCCGAAGACGUCCAAGUAACAUUGGGCAGGAGAGGAGUGCAAAGCACAGAACUCCUAGCGGUCUUGGCGGACGACCGCGAGGGAGUGAGGCUUUUCGCUAAGGAUACGCUGGGGUUAGACCCGGCAGUGGAUCCGGCGCUCAACGUGACUGUGGCGAAGUUGGUGGUCAGCUGGGAGGCGGCGAAACAAAGGCUGCAGGUGAAGUCUCAGCAGGACGCCCAGGCGACAGUGGAGCGCGAGGCGAAGGCGAUCCCUGUCAACGAUUUUCUGGGUGUCCGCAAAAGGUUCGAACAGCAAUUUUACCCCCUGAGGGAGGAGGAAAUUCCGUCCAAGAACUCUCUGGAAGACCUGGCAGAUCAAUUGGAGUCUGGGGAUUGGAGGGCGAUGUCCCUUAAGGAGAUCGCGUCGCGGGCAGAUCAGGAGUCCGACGCGCAAUGGGGCUCACUUACCGUGGGCAAACUUGGUCAGGUGAAGAUGAAGAAAAGCGCGGUGGAGACUCCGGCGCCGAAAGAUCAAGAGGAAUUCCGCCAAAAGCUCAAACUUUUGGGACACCAUUUCGUCUUUCUACGAAUGCUCCACCCUACCAGGAAGGAGCUGGAGGGGGUGAACCCUUUUACGUUUUCAACGUAUACGGACUAUAUGUUGUCCAAGCGGGUCGCUCGCUUGCAGGCCGAGGAUGAGAAAGGUCAGGUGUACCACACGCCGACCCUGCGACAAGUCUUGACGUAUGACUACUACGUCCGCAAGAGGGCGAUGGAACUUCUCGAGGCAUCCAAACCGUUGGGAGAGGCCUUAAAGGAGGCCUAUGAAGAUGCCACCAUCAAGGAACGGCAUUUCACCACGCCUUUGUCCGUCAGCGCGGUGGCCCAAAAUGCGACGGCUCGUAGCAGAUCUCCGCUCCCUGCCGGGGGCGCGUCAUCCUCGGCUAAGGGGGCCAAAGGCAAGAAGGGCAAGAAAACCAAGGGAAAAGGUAAGGGGUUCCACUCUGUCACACCGGAAGGGCGACAAAUCUGCUACGCGUACAAUUCGCAGUGGGAACGCUGUGACGGCUCCUGUGGCAGGCUGGCCGUCCUCUACUUGUUUCCGGGAACAAGUCAUAAGGCCAGCCUCAGACAAAGCCUGGAAAGGCUAUGCAAUCAAGCGGCGAUUCAGCUGCACAUGGAAGAGUGGGACAUUUUGGAGUUACAGUCCCGCGACCCUUCUGAUCCGCAGGUCGCUGAAGCGUUGCUAAGUCGGGUCCGGCAAAGGGAAUUUGACGCCAUUUUCCUGGCCCCACCAAACAACACGUGGAGUCGGGCUGUGCACAACAAUCCCUGGGGACCAUGCCCCUUGCGGAAUCGGUCAUGGCCCCGGGGAGUCACUACAAUCGGUUUUCUUGGCCCUCCUUCCUUUGAUCACGACGGAUGGUACCUUGGGCCUUUACCCAAGACCUGUUCCCACGGUGGCCACCCACCUCUCAUCAAGCGAGCUCAGUCCGGCAGCUUCCGUACCGGUCUGCAAGCCUACCCACCUAGCAUGGUCGAUGUUCUCGCCGCAGCCAUUUUCUCAACAAGUCCCCCCAACCGUUCUAGCGAAGGGGUGAUAGCGGUCGGGGAGACCCCGAACACAGCGGAAUUCAAUCCGGGAUCUUCGGAAAACCCCGGAGAUAGGAAGGAGGGUCUUCUCAACUCGGGUAACUCCGGGGCAGAGGAGACGACGGUAGGAGGGCACAGAGAUGGGCCGGGUAACACCGGGACCAUCGAGGACUCGGGUUGCACAGGACAAGAGGAGGACAAAGGGGCAGUAGCCUUCAUGCCGGGCGUGGGCGGCAUCUCUGGCGCGACCCCAGGAGUUGCAGGAAGGGGCAUGCUCAAGGCAUGCUACAAGGGCCGCACCAGGCCCUUUCAUGACGGACUGGGACUCUGCUCGGUUGGCAGGUUGAAGUCGGAGGACCGCCCGAGGGGAAAGGCCUCGGGCGCCUUCAUGGAGGUCAAAGAGAUCUUUUGGGGGGAGCUCGAGAACUGGUUAGGGUCACUGGGAAAGGCAGGUGAGCUCAAAGUUAUGGCCACGGUGCUUUGCGGUCGUCUGGAUGGGUCCCCCUUCGGCACUUUGCCGGAGCGUAUUCGGGCGAAAUGGGUGGAGCGUCUCGCCGCCCGUGGCUUGGCGGCGUCCCGACGAGCGGGCGAUAGGGAGACGGUCGUCGAGCUCCGGCUUCUCGCUGCCUUGGCCAGUCAGGCAGGGGACCCCGACUACGCUUAUCUCGACGAAAUGGCAUCGUCUGGCGUCCGGCUGGGUACAGGCGGAGAGGUCCCCCGAGUACCCCAGGUAUAUGAGGCCAAAGAUAAGUGGAACUUGCCUGAGGGGCGACCCGAGCACUGGCAGGAGGAGCAGGUGCAGGACAACUACCGAUCGGCUGGCGAUCACAUGGAUAAGGUAAGGGCACAGGUGGCGAAGGAGAUGGGCCAGGGCUGGAUCAUCGAGAUGCCUUUGGAAAGGGCGAGGUCGCGGUAUGGGAAGGACCUCAAGAUCGCGGCCCUCGCCGCCGUGCCAAAGGACCCGGAAUGGGAGCAAAUCAGGGUGGUGCAUGACGCCACCAACGGGGUCGAGGUCAAUCACCAGAUUCGGUUGAACAACCAAAUCCGGUUCCCGUUGUUCGACGAUCUGGAAGCUGCCAUGCACCAGUUCCUUCUGGAGGCGGACGCCCGUCGAUUGGCCAUGGCCUACGAUUAUAAAGGGGCCCAUCGAGACCCACUAUACAUCCUCCUGUUUGCCGACGAUGGGCUAUGUCUGGCAUCGGGACCCCGGUACCGUAAGAACCUUCUUGCGGUGCUGCUGUUUCUGACGGUACUGGGGGCGCCCCUUUCCUGGGCCAAGACGAGGGGUGGACUGCAAACGGAAUGGCUGGGAUAUCAGUUGGAUCUCAGUUCGGGGCUCCUGGGUGUAUCUGAGAAGAAGGUGGAUUGGCUGGAGACCUGGGUGGAUAAGGCCCUACUGGACGGUAGCGUGCUUGGGCGUGAGAUGAAAGCGGCCCUCGGGCGAAUGGGGUUUCUCGCGGGCCCGCUGAAGCACGCUCGUCCGUUUCUGGCAUUGUUAUAUCGGUGGACAUCAAAGAUCAGCCCCGGUUCCUUCUUGGGGAUUCCUCUGAGCGUGCGGCUCACCAUGUCCUUCUUUCUGGAAGCGGUGAAGCGAGCGCCUCUCCGGGUACCCCGGGGCAUUCCCAAGGUAGGCGGCGAAAUCUUCAGAGUGGAUGCAAAGGCAGAGGGAUCCACCGUUGUAAUCGGGGGCUGGGAAUCCUACGGCGGGACCUCGCCGACCGGGGCCCGAUGGUUUUCAGCCACGUUGGACAGGAAGAAUUCGCCAUGGGUGUUCGUGAAGGGAGAGCCAUUUAAAGUGAUCGCUUCACUGGAGCUGCUCGCGAUCACCGUGGCGAUUAUGGUGUUCCUUCCAGAAGCAAAAUGGAGAGAGGCGGCCGGGCGACUCGUGCUUACCGCCUUCACGGACAACCAGGCAAACAGUUACGUCCUGGACAAAUAUAUGUCCACGGCUUUUCCAUUGUCCGUAGUGUUGAUGGAGUUGGCGCUUCAUCUGCAAAGGGCCCAAGUGGACCUGGACCUUCAAUGGAUCCCGCGGGAUCAAAACACAGAAGCAGAUGCCCUCACCAAUGAAAACUUCGAAGGCUUUGAUGAGGCCAAAAGAAUCCCGGUGAAGAUCGAGGAAAAAGUGGCUGGGUGGGUGGGUCUUUGGAGAAAGGAGAAAAAGUGGCUGGGUGGGUGGGUCUUUGGAGAAAGGCGCAGCGAGGAGGCGUGGCAUGUGCGAGUGGUGAGGACGGUGAACAUGGUCUACGGAUUGCUCUUCUACUUCCUUGGUUUUCAGGCCAUCCGAGUUGGCGUCUCUGCUAGUCACCACAGAGAAAGCCAGCGGCUGCAGCGUGCUCUACGUCGCUUGGCCUUGGCUGCGCUCUUUGGAGCACUGGUGCAGCCGAUGCUGUCGUGCCGACCCGUCUCAUUGACCUUCAUGCGGGUCGCCACCUUCUCACAGGCCAAGGCCUUUCUGACCGACGUCCAACGUCUAGCUGUGGCCUCCGCGACCUUGGCGUCUCACCUGGAUCGGUGA